AUGCGAAGGAAAUAUGAAAAAAUCGCCCAUAAGGAUAUGGGUUCGUUACGGGAUGGAAGAUCCUUCGCAGAAGUCAUAGUUGGGUAUGAUGGUCGACCUAUCCCUCCUCCUCCCCCGAAGUUAGUCAAAAAACCUAUCAUCCUUGAGGACGGCUCGUUCUGGGCAGAGUGGAUUCGCAUCCCGCCUACCUUAAUCGGAGUUACUCACAGUUUUGAGCAUCUAAUAAACUUGCCAUUGGAGAUAAGGUUGGGGCGGUCUUCUGCUUAUGGAACGAAAUACCUGGGUGGACUUGAGAUUGGGAUUCGUUUCAGGAACGAUCACGAUGUCAAGGAAGUCCUUACGAAUGAAAAAUACUGGGGAAAAUGGUUCUGUGAAUUAAAACCGGGGAACUCCUACGUUGAUUCGCCUGAAAGAUUUGCAUGGCUGAAGAUUGUUAGUCUUCCUUUACACAUGUGGAGUGAAGGAAAGUUUGCUUGUAUUGUAGGGACGAGAAAGACGAAAAUCAACGAAGAAGUGGUGGUGGAUUCAAAUAAGAAGAUUCUAAGGGUGGGAAUUGUAGAAGUUGAUUUUGUCUGGUCUCCUUUUCCAUCUGGGCCUGGAAUAAAUGAUGAAUGUGAUGGUAAAAUUGGAACUCCGGACAUGGUGAACUCAAAUGGGAUGGCCGAUCUGGACUCAGGGGAAGAUGAGGACGGAAUUUCGGAAACUGUUGUUUCACCUGCAUGUGACCCCACUGAUCGAGGAUUAUCUAGUGAAGAAUUGGAAGAAGGUGAAUUCCGAUAUGAUUGUAAUAUCAAGGAUGGAAAGGAGGCUACCCGGAAAGGAUGGCAGUAG